AUGGUUCAAUCUUAUAAUAGUUGUACAACCGUCGCGGUAAGGUAUCGGUACGUAUUAAAACGAAACAUUGCCGGAGUGAAGGUGUUGACGUUCUUACCGCAUGAAGUUCGCGAGUUAAAACCCGACCAAGUGGAGUACACAGACGACUUGGAGUACCUCAGGAGUCUGGAUCCCAAGGAUUGGAAGCAACAGGACCACUACCGCGUCCUGGGCAUCCCGACCUUGAGAUACGACGCUUCCGAGGAAACCAUCCGCUCUGCGUAUCGACAAAAGGUCCUGCGUCACCACCCAGAUAAACGUAAGGCCAAAGGAGCCGAAAUAAAAGUGAGCGACGACUAUUUCACCUGUAUAACGAUGGCCUACGAAACCCUCGGCGAUCCCAAGAAACGGAAAUCGUACGACUCAGUCGAUCCGGAGUUCGAUGACGCACUACCGAGCAGCCACGAUUUAAAAAAAGAUUUCUAUGGAACUUGCAAAUAUUAUUUCGAGCUGAACAGUAGAUGGUCAGAGAAGAAGAAUGUUCCCAAAAUCGGCGGUCCCCGAUCGACCAUCCAAGAAGUCGAGAAUUUUUACAACUUCUGGUACGAUUUUAAAUCGUGGCGGGAGUUUUCUUACGAGGAUCUGGAAGAUAAAGAAGCGUGUUCGGGUCGCGAGGGAAAGAGACAAGCGGACAAGCUAAACAAGGCCGAAAGAGCCAGGAAGAAGAAGGAAGAAAUGGCUAGGUUGCGAAGUUUGGUCGACUUGGCCUACAAAAACGACCCCAGGAUCUUACGAUUCAAACAGGAGGAGAAGGAUCGUAAGUUGGAGGCUAAGAAGGCAAAGAAAGCUGCCCUCGAAAAACAGAUAGAGGAGGAACAAAGAGCUGCCAAAGAAGCUAAAUUGGCCAUGGAAAAAGCGGAGGCUGAAGAAAAAGCUAAAAUUGAAGCCGAACGCAAAAUACGGGAAAUCCAGAAAAACGCAAUGAAGAAAGAGCGUAAAACCCUCAGGGAUGUCUGCAAAUCAAACCAAUAUUUCGUCGAAAAUCCAGAGCAGACCCUGAAACACAUAACGGCCGUAGAAACGAUCUGCGAAACGAUGAACAUCGUGGAACUGAGAGAGAUAAACAACCAAAUACAAAUUGAAGGUAAAACAGCGUUUUUCAGGGCCGCCAAGCUGGAUUAUUCGACGGAAAAAUCAAAAACAGCGAAGACUCAGCAUAUAACGUCCAACGGUAUCCAUCAAGUGACAGAGGGAUGGAACCAAGAAAAAAUUAAAUAUUUGGAGGAAGCUCUGAAGAUCAUGCCUCAAGGAACCAACCGACGUUGGAAAAAAGUAGCGGACUUCAUGAACAAGCACGAUAAGUUGAAGAAGGACUGCGGAAAGUUCACACCCAAGAUGGUGUCGAUACAGGCGAAAAAACUACAGAACUCUGCUUGA